CUAAAACAAUUUUACGAAUCAUCAGUCGAACAAAGUCCAGCAAGAGAUACGAGAAGAGCUUUCAUCCAAAUAACGAACGCUAUCAAGAUUCGAAGACUGAAUUUAUCUAUACUUCAACCUUAACCCAGCAAGAUGUCUGUUCUGGCAGUUCUCUUUUGCAUCGCAGCAAUGCUACAUGCGACAGACGCAUUUUGCGAGCGGCUGUACAAGAAUCCAUACUGGAUACCCAAGGCUCUAUGGCAGAGAGCAGCCGAAGCCGACAUUGUCAUUUACGGCAACGUGGUGGAAAGUCCAUGCGCUAAGCCAAUCUUCGUGGUUCAAAAUACCACGACGGUCUCUCCGACUAACACCACAAACUCGUCAAGUACCGUUCAAGAAGUAACGCCCAGAAGCGUCGUUAACAUCACAGAGGGAAAUAUGACAGAUAUCUGCCCCAUGCGUGGUCUCUACAACGUAACAUUGAAUGUCUCGUGUGUAAUCAAAGGAGGAUCUAUACCGCACCAAAUCCAUCUGAGUUCAUUCGGCUUUGGUCCAGAGAAGUGUGUAUUCUACAGCGUAAGAUAUAAUUACUGGGAAACAGCGCAGUCGUUCCAUGUAUACAAAGGACUAAACUACCUUAUCUUCUUAGGACGACACACAGUAGCCAGUAAUUCUCAGGGAUUUUGGCCUCAUGACGUCAACAUGCAAUACUCAGCGACAGAGAUCACUGAUGAGAAGUAUCUCGAACGAGUCUUUCAGGCGACUGGUGGCCAUGCGCACGCGCCUGCAGGAGUGAAAGAACCACACAGUAUUUGUACCCCAUAUAUCGCGGGCGCAGGGACUUCUCACGUGGACUUGUCUUUUGUUGUACUGAUACUGCUGUUUACGAGUGGAUUGCUUUCUUUCUAAAUGUGCAGCUUGUCAAAAUAAUGUUGCUGCAUAAAACUGUGUUAAACUUAAAAUGACUAACUACGUUCGCUCAUAAGGCCUCGCCCUCGAGCACUAGAGGUUCGAAGAAAGUGAAUUGUUCAAGGGAGAGCAAAUUGUUGCCAGGCUUCAGUUCAAUUUGAGAUCCAACUUUGUGCAACAACACUUUUUUCCAUAGCUUCACUUCCCUAGCAUAGUAACUACUAACAAAACUAGGCCACAAUUUUAGGUUUUAAUCGUAUUUUGACUUUUUGAAAUCCUGCUAAAGAUUGUACCCCCUUAAAUUAACGUGGAAGAUUUUCCACCGAACGCAGUUAUGAGCCAAAAUAUUAUUUAACUUUUCACCCCUCACUGAUCAUGAUCAACUUUUAAUUGAGCACAGCUUACAGUUCAUUUUUUUAUUUGAGCGGUUAUUAGCCUUAAACCAAAUCAGAAAUAACACUCAAAAAGAAGAACACUGACAACAAAACUAACGUGAACUAAGGUAAGCGCUGACAGCAAAUGUAAAUAGCCGGGCAUGUAAUGAAGCAAUCAGAUUUGGUAGUGAAAGCAUGCAGUCUGCGCCAAGCAAGGGAAAAUAAUUCUACGCCAAUGACGAUUAAACAAAACCAAAUAUUUCGUAUGGCUUAUUUAGAGUUGAUGACACGGCUUCCUCUGACCAAACCCCGAUUAAACUCAGCUAACUCUGCAGGUCUUUAGAGUAGUAAACCCAACAAGGAAUAAUUCCAAUUGUGUAUUAAUUUAGCGAGCUAGAUACAGCUUUCCGCGGCACUAGAAUUCGGUGCUCUUUCAAGGCUCAAAAACACCAAGAAAAAGAAACUUUACCUUACUGCUAGCAAAUCAUAGAAGUAAAAAAAUUGACUGAACGAACUUUGUAAAUAGAAUGUUUAAUAUUUUUCCAUGCAGUCCUUAUCUCAGUUGUUUGAUAGCGAGUUUAUUUGAAAUGUUGUGUUUAAUGUUAAAGACAAAUGACAUGGUUUUACCAAAGACAUUAAAUAAUAUCAAUUUUCUGCUGUGAAGCCUACUGGCAGCUGGUGUAUAAUGAAAUAAACUGGCGUUCAAUUGUACGUGGUCUAUGAUAUGUAGUAACAGUCCUUGUGU